AACCAACACAUCUAUUUCUUCCAGAUGCCAUAGCCAUCGGACAAACAGUAGACUCAUACGGGGCUUUGAACCUGAGAGCAUACUAGCUGAUCUGGUUAUAGCUGGCGACCUGAUUUCAGCACCACUGAGACUGAACAGCUCCACACAGUGGAUUUGAAAUCUGCUUUGGCGCCACUGAAGCUUAACCUCUGCGAACUGGACAACUAAUCUAGAAAGUCACUGACAAAGAACAAGGUUAAAAGGAGCUGUCCAACAGUUCAGCAGCUACUCGGGGUAUACCCAGUUGGAUUGUAAAGUAUCAGAGAAUCGCACAGCUGACCAGGAGCUGCCCUCACAUACCACCGGCAUUAACUGCGGUUUAUUUAAGGAUGGCGUCUAAAAGCAUGGGUUUGUUUUUCUUUGUUCAGGUUUUCGCUGUAAUCCUGUACCAAAUCAACACAUUCCCCACACCGCAGGAAGCAAGUGAUAAAGCUGUGUACAACAGAGCACUAACCCAGGAGAGACCUUUACAAGAGCAGAUUGCAGAAGCAGACAGUAUCAGUAAAUCAGAGCCAAAAGAUAACCAAAAUGAAUCGGACAGCGAUGAUUUCAGUCUCCUCAGAUCGUUGGCAGAACAAGUUAAUAAGGACGAGACCAGCGAGCCCCAAACAACCACCUCCACUGACUAUCCAUAUUUCCUUGGUGACGCUGACUCCACAAAGAGCCGGAGACUGGCUGAAGAUUAUGACUCCACCAAAAAUGGAAUGGAAUACAAAUUUCAAGAUGACCCUGAUGGUCUUCGCCAGCUGGACGGGACACCACUGACGGCAGAAGACAUUGUCCAGAAGAUAGCUACAAAAAUAUAUGAGGAGAAUGACAGGGGAGUGUUUGACAGAAUUGUGUACAAGCUGCUAAAUCUAGGACUGAUCACAGAAAGUCAGGCUUAUACAUUGGAGGAUGAGGUUGCAGAAACUCUACAGAAACUAAUAGCCAGUCAAGCCAAAAACAAUGAGAUACAGGGCGUCAACAUCGACUACCCAGUUGCGAGGUCUGAGGAUGAUUCAGAACUGAAGAUGGUGGAGCAAAUGCGAACUGAGAAAUCCCACGAUAAGAACACGGAUGAGCGUAUGAUUGAUGAUGACAAGACGGAGGUUGAUGACACUGUGGGCAACACCUGGAUUCCUCCCACAGAGAUGGAGCGGAGGAAUAAACUGUCCUCUGAGGACGGCAUGGACAGCCUGGAGGACCUGCAGUACUUUCCCAACUUCUACAACCUCCUGAAAAACCUCGAUUCAGAACAAGAUGCAAAGGAAAAAGAAACAUUGAUCACCAUCAUGAAAACACUGAUCGACUUUGUAAAGAUGAUGGUCAAAUAUGGCACAAUUACACCAGAUGAAGGAGUGUCUUAUCUGGAAAAUCUUGAUGCAAUGAUUGCUCUUCAAACAAAGAAUAAACUUGGAAAGUCGCUGGUUUAUUCUGACAUCAAACAAUCAACAGGGAGGACCAGUGAUGAGAUUGACAACACCAAGGAGGAAGCUGCCAAGAUGGAAAAGGAAUAUGAGACUCUAAAGGAUUCCACCAAGAAAGAAGAGCAGCAAGAACCUGACAUGGGACCGAAUGGGAAGACUGAAAUCUAUUUGGAAGCAAUCAGAAAGAAUAUUGAGUGGCUGAAGAAGCAUAACAAGCAAGGGAACAAGGAAGAUUAUGAUCUUUCAAAGCUGAGAGACUUCAUGGACCAGCAGGUGGAUUCUUACAUUGACCAGGGGAUCCUGCAGAAAGAUGAAGGAGAAGUUAUCAAGAGGCCUAAAUGUCGUCGUACAUCAGAAGUGCUUCGACAAUAA